UACUUUUUUGUUUUCUCUUCGCAGAAAAAAAAAGAGAGUACAAGUUUGAACAGAGAGUAACAGAUGAAGAAGGUCACAGCAAUUGUUUCAAUUUUCGUAAUCGUAACACUUUGUUUUCAAGAACUCUUCCAUGUUUCUUCGUCGCCUCUCUUAUACGAAAACCAGGUUUAUGAGGAAUCUUCUGGUGGAAGAAAUCUUAAACAGGAACAAGAUCAUGCUCGUGAAGUGCAUUGCUCCAGAGAGAGAAGUAGGACAGCUUGGAAAGUAAUAGAGGAGUAUUUGACACCAUUUGUGGAAAAAGAAAACUAUCAGCUUUCAAGGAAGUGCAAACUUCACCCUGAAAAUGAUGUAUUCAGGGAUCAGGAAGAGCAUAAAGUUUUCAUAGACAGACAUGAAUGGCAGUGUGGAUAUUGUAAGAAAAGCUUCCGUGGAGAAAAAUUUCUUGACCAGCAUUUUGAUAACAGACACCACAAUCUUCUGAAUCUAAGUCAUGGUAAGUGCUUGGCUGAUUUAUGUGGGGCAUUGCAUUGCGAUGCUGUGAUGAGUUCCAAGUCCUCUAGAAGCAAAUGUAAUCCGGCAGCUGCUGCCAGAAACCGUCACCUAUGUGAGAAUAUUGCUGACAGUUGUUUUCCUAUAAGUGAGGGUCCAUCAGCAGGCCGUCUUCAUGAAUUGUUUCUGCACCAAUUUUGUGAUGCUCAUACCUGCUCAGGGAAACAUAAACCCUUCUCUAGAGGAGGCAAGGAGCAAGGAAGUUUCUUCCGCCUGGCUGCUGGAGCAUUGAUCUUGGUUUUACUUCCUGUAUUCUAUCUUUUUCUUUAUUUGGUACAAAGUGAUAUGAAGAGUCGAACUCAAGAGCUUCGUCGCAUCUCAAAAGCCGGAUGGAAAGCAAAACCAUCAUGAUUGGUUAGACUGUUGCAAUCAUCAUCUAGGGUGAAUGGGUCGACAAAGAUGGGAAGAUAUACUGCAUAACGUUGAUUUUGGCCUUUCCUCCAAGUGGAUUCUCUUUGCAUGUCUGUGUCAAUGAAGGAAAUGUGGAGAAUUAUUAUGGAGUGCAUGAAGGAAAUCAAACUUCGCACUGGUCAAACACACUUUCCCUGAGGUGUUGUUGAUGAAGGGCAGGAAAACAUUGUUUGAUGAUCAUACAUCUUUUGUCCAUUAAGCCAAGAAAGAGGUUAUUAGCGGAGCAAUUUAGGAAACCCAUUUCCAAGUUUGCUCAAAAUUUAUGUAAACAUUGACCUUCUUCCGCCUUAAAAAUCUCAAUUCACCAACAAAGCUAGAAGAUCCCAGCCCAAAGCGAUAAAGAGACUUGUUCUUCUAACAGCUAAAAUUGUAGGCUUGUUCUUCUAAUAGGUAAAAUUGUGUUUGCAAUCAUAACGACUCUUACUGCUGAUUACGCAUAAAGCAUUCUUGGAGGCAUUUUAUGGAAUGUCUCAGAAGGCAGUCGC